AAAUAAAAUCAUUAAAUAAAAAACACACGACACUUUCCUUAUAUAAUUUCUUGAAUCUUGAUUCAACACAACACCCAACUACCCAAGUAAAGGAAAACACUUUUACUAAAAAUUAUAAGUAUUAUUAUGGCUACAAAUGGAGAUGGUGGUAUUGUUACAGAAGCAAGUUUGGAUAAAAUCAAAAGGCAAUUGGCAUCCGGGUCGGGUCGAAACCUCUUGCAGGGUCCUCUUCUCAAGCGAUCUGAAACUCUAAGGAAAUGGAACGAGAGAUGGGUGAUCCUAGACCCCACAACAGGAAAGAUGGAAUACAAAAUCAGGAGAAAUGACCCGAAUGUCAAAGGAACUAUUGUCUUCGAUUCUAAUAGCACAAUCAUGACAUCACCUUAUAACUUUCAUGGGCUGCCAAAGUAUGAUAACUGCAUUAUCUAUAUCGCAACACCUCAGAAAAAAGAAUAUUUUCUCUGUGCAGAAACUCCAGGUGCAGCUAGAGCUUGGGUGUCCACAUUACAUGCAACACAGUUGGUGUUGAGGGCUCAUAAAGAGGCUGUGAACUCAUUAGCUGGAAACAGUAAUGCAAAAUUAGGGACAGUAUCUGCUGUUGUCGCUGCUGCUAAUUCAACUGCUUUGGAAUCCUCCAAAGAAAUUGAGGCUGCAUUGCAGAUUGCAAGGAGAAAUGCUUUGGGAUCAGUGAUGAAUAAAACGCUUGAUGCUCCGUUGGAUGACUUGACCAUCAUGAAGGAGACACUUCGAGUAAAAGACGAGGAGCUGCAAAAUUUAGCUAGGGAUAUUCGUGCUAGGGAUGCAACUAUAAAAGAGAUAGCAGAGAAGCUAACUGAGACAGCUGAAGCAGCAGAAGGUGCAGCAUCUGCAGCUCAUACAAUGGAUGAGCAACGGAAAAUCGCUUUUUCAGAAGUUGACCGCUUAAAGAAAGAGUUGGAAAAACAAGCAGCGUCCUUUAGUGUAAAGCUAAGAGAUUCUGAAGAGAAGGUGAUGGGUUUAAAUAAAGAAAGAGAGCAACUUAUGAAGCAAAGAGACUCUUCUCAUCAGGAGGCACUUUUAUGGCGUUCUGAGCUUGCAAAAGCCAGGGAGCGUGUGGUCAUCUUAGAAGGAGCUGUUGUUAGGGCUGAGGAGAAGGUCAGGGUUAAGGAUGCAGAGGCUGACGCUGCAAUAAAGGAGGCAACAGAAAAAGAGACGGCUGCAAGAAAGGAAAAUCAAGAGCUUUUGGCAUACAUUAAUGUGUUACAGCUACAACUUCAAAGCAGACAGGAGGAAAACACAAAGCAAGUCAUGGAGGAAAGAGGGGAGUCUUGCCCAGAUGGCGAUACGCAACCCUUGACCAAACACGUACAUCCAUCUGAAGAGAAUGUGGAUAAAGCAUGCCUUAGUGUUUCUAGGAAUAUUCCAGUAUCAGAGAGAAAUUUAGUUCACCCACCACCAUCUUUGGAUCAAACAGGCUCAAUUGGUGAUGGUGAAUGGAACGAUAUAGAGGCAACAGAAGCAAGAAUAGCAGAUGUUAGAGAAAUUGCACCAGACACUGAAGGGAAUAGUUUGGAUAUUCCGGUCUUUUUACAGACAAAUGAUGGCCAGCAGCCAAUAGGAAGUGCAUACCAUCCAGAUGUUCAUACAAUUAGACAACCAGAUGAUACACAGCCGGAACAAACAACGGAUUCAUACCAUCAGCCUUAGAUGUAUGGCAAUACUCUUAAAGAAAAACUAUCUUUUGGUAUUAUAAAAACUUGUUUUGGUUACAGGGUGAAUGAAUUGCGAAAAUGAUCGUAUAGUGAGUUGUGAAAAUUAAUAUUUGCUGACUUUUAGAAGCUUCUGAAUGGACUGCUUUCGCUGAUGAGCUUAAUUUUAGUGCAAGCAUUGGGCUUGACCCUUUUAUAGAGACGUUUAGAAGUUGAUUUGGAAGUGAUUAUGUGAUACUGUAUAAUCAGAAUAAAAGUAUUAGUUGUAAUAAAAACAUGACUUGCAAGAUAGCAUUUUGAUGUGUU